AUGGGCCCGCCCGCUGUCACGCCUCGCAAGGCUCCCACAACACCAUCUCACAACAGCUACGCCUUUGGCACAACGCCUCACAAAACACCUCUUCGCACACCAGGCGGCUCCAAGAUCGAGCAGACCUCUUCCACUCCGAUCAUCGACUUCAACAAGAUCGAGUCUCAAAAGGAAAAUGUACAACCGCUCGCCAAGGGUAGGUCUGCACACGCCCUCUCCAACACGCUCAACAUGCAGCACAAGCAGCGACAGGCUUUGCUCGCCCAGCAGCGUGCCGAGCACGAGCAAAUCGUCUCGUCGCUCGACAAUGCCGACUCGGACGAUCCGUUGGAAGCGUGGACCAGAUACGUAAAGUGGUGCAUUGACAACUAUCCAUCCGGUCAGACCCACGACUCGGGUCUCAUCCCUCUCCUCGAGCGUGCCACUCGUCACUUCCGAGACGCAGAGCAGUACACAAACGACCCGCGCUACCUCCGUCUAUGGAUCCUCUAUGCCAGGAACGUCGAAUGUGCGCGCGACGUAUACAACUUUUUGCUCGCAAACGAGAUCGGCACAAAGCUCGCCAGCCUCUACGAAGAGCUUGCAGUCGUCCUCGAGGGACAGAGGAUGUACGACGAUGCCGACGCCAUGUACAAGCUUGGCAUAGCCCGCAGAGCCAACCCCAUCGAUCGUAUCAAACGUCGAUACGAAGAGUACAAGACGCGUCUACUACUCUCCCAACAGGCCCUCGCCGAGUCCAGCGCCUCGUCCACUUCGGCCAUUAUCACCACCUAUGCAGAUGCUCUCAAAGCUGCCAUGCUCACAGCCGGUCGAAGCAUGCUUGGCCAAAAGCAGCUCUCCACUGGCCCUGCACGUAGCCACUCGGCCAACGUCUUGCGAGGCGCUGGUGCCAGCAUCGGCGCCAUCGGUUCCACUACACCCACUCCUUCUCUCAACAACGGACGCAAGCUCAACGUCUUUCACGAUCAAGAUGACCAACACAGCACUCGAUCCAAGCCUCAAGCCGCAAGCACAAAAGGCUGGGAGGACAUUGGCACCGUUGCCUCCCGCAAUCAGGAGAAUCUCCAGGCCGACCGCAUGGCUGCCAAUACCAACUUCAAGAUUGGUGCUUCAGGUGGUGUCUCAAAGAAGCCAGGUUCCGGUUUAGCUGUUUUCCGAGAUUCCGAUGAUGACAAUGAUGACGACGACGCUGACAACACCAACGAGGUGCCCGCCACCCCAAAACCUGCAGGUGUCCUUAGCCCAAAAGACCAUUCUGCCAAGUUGGCUGCUGGCGCCACUGGGCUUGGCCGCAAGUCUCAGUCAAGUGAGACUGACCUCCUUCGAAGCAAUCCUUUCGCGUACUGGGGCAAGGACACCAAGCUCAUUCCUGAUCCAGUCAGCCUGCAACCAACCACUGCCGCUACCGAGUCACACUUGUCUCGCAAAGUGUCGGCUUCCAGCAUCGCCUCCACAAGCGACAAACACCGCACAAAGACCACAGUCUCCCGCUCCUCACAGCUCACGACAUCUUCCAGCAAAUCUACGUCCCACGCCGCUGCCACCGUCGCUGCUGCUGGAGGCAAACGCGAAAAGCAUGCCGCUCCUGUUGCCCAGAUGUACCCAUCCUUUCAGUCCAGCGCUCAGAAACGCGUGUACAUGCAACGAGGAUGGCAGUUCGAACUGACGCUCGAAGAGCUUAUCGCGAGGAGGCGAGGCUUUGCUGCCGUCUCAGAAGGAUGGCAAGACGCCGCCGAGCCACACACGACUGCCUCAGAUCCAUGGUCGUUCCUCGAUCAACUCGUCGGUCGCUGGCUUCCCGAAGAUCCGGUCGCAGUAGAGCCAACGCCAACCCAGACGGUCCAUAUCGAUCAAACUACCGGUAUGUUCCCCUCAAGAGACGUCUUUGAUCCGGACAACUCAGUCGCCAACGCAGUUGCACUCAACUUGCGACCUGGUGCCAAAAAGAAGAAGAAGCGCGAUGGUGACAACACCACCAAGCUCAGGAUGAGCCCCACCCUGGUCACCAAAGCUGCUGUGCUCGAAGUGGAAAACAUGUUCAAUGGCGACAGCGACUCGAACCAAGACAGCAGUGAAGAUGACGAUGAUGACGACGACGACGAAAGUGAGGACGACGACUUUGUUGCACCUCUGGCGAGUGCAUCCAGGCAUGGCCACAUGCGUGUCAGCCUCGGCUCAUCUGCCGAUGUACCGCCAACACCGACUCCCUUGUCACGACCCAACCACCUCGCCAAGUUUACCGCGCACAAAGACGAGAACGCUGGUGUCCAAGCGACGCCCAUGCGCACGCCUGGCGCACUAGCACCACGACUUGGUCUAGGAGGCGCAACUCCGAUGCGUACGCCACUGGUGUCCAAAUCUUCGCUCGCCGCUCUCGGCUCCAAGCCCGUCUACAUGGAAGAGGACGAUGACGACGAUCGAGACCAAGACCAACAGGCACAAUCGCAGCUUCCAGUCAAAUCAACCCAGGAGCAAGCUGAGCAAGUCUCUAGACCUCGCUCACCGGAGCGUUCGCCAUCCGAGGAUGCUGUCUCGGCAGCUGCGCCUGUGCCGGCCACACCGAUGCCUUCCAACCGGCAGUCUGCAAGCCGACGCUGGAUUGAGCCAAUGACGGAAGAGGAAGAAGAGGAUGAAGACGAGGACAAGCGGAAUGAGUUUGCAGUCGACGAGAAUGGCGAGCUCGUCGACGGCCAAAUCGCCGGUUACGAAGGCAAUGAGCACCUCUUCCGACCGCAAUUCCAACCGCUCACUCCGAUCACCGAGGCCACCUACGAGUUCACGCGCUACACGAAUGCACGCACCCCUGGCACCGCGACACGCUCUGCGAUCGGCCCUGCACUUAAGUCUUGGCGUCCAACUGAUCGAGACGAUGAGGACAAGGACGACGACGACGAUGAUGAUGAAGGCAACGCUUCCGGUGUCAUUCUGACAGCAGGUCGUAUCGCGUCUGCUCGCCGACUCGAGGAUGCUUCGGUCGAUGACUCGGAGCCUUCCGACGAACGCAGCUUCGCCUCUACUUUGGGCGAGGACGCGAACCGCUCUGCGUGGAACGCUGACAACAAAGCCUCAUUCGAACUGACCAAGGGUAUGACGAUACGAUGCGCUGCUCGCCAAGAUGACCAAGAAGACGACGACGCUCCACAUGAGCGUGGCGAUGCAGACGACGCGCCACACCGACGCGAGCUGCAUGAACGAUUCGAAGACUCGCUCGUCAUGCAGGACUCAAGCCAGGUUGCUCCACAAAAUACGCGCGGCGAGGUGCGAGAUUUCAAUCCACCCAAUCCAUGCUCGCCGGUCGACGCCACGGUUCUGAACGCUAUUCUGGCACGCCUCGAGACACCGAUCGAGUGCACGCCGGGUUUUGUCAGCCUGGCCACCGAGACGGCGGACGGCCUUGUCGCGGAGCUUGAAAAAAAGUGCAAAUCGAACCUUGCUUCGAAUCAGAUGACGCGCAAGAGUAUGGGCGGCACCGUCUUCCACGGCACAGGGAUGCUCUCGUCGGCGUUCAAAGUGAAAAUUGGCGGCGACACAUUUGAAAUUCGAGGCAAGCUCGGCGAAGGAGGGUACGGUGCUGUGUUGCUUGGCUACGAUGUCGACGGUGCGGCGACGUUGUGCUCGACGGAAGCGACGACUGACGCCGAGUCGGACGAUGAGGACGAUGAGGAUGACGAGGAUGACGAGGAGCGGCGCAAGCAGUUGGCCAUCAAAGUGGAAACGCCGGCGAAUCGGUGGGAGUUUCACAUUCUGUCGGAGCUGCGUUUGCGCUUGGCGUCAUCGGUACAGCGAUCGAUUGUGCGCGUGCGCAAACUGUACUGUUAUUCGGAUGCGUCGUUUUUGGUGCUCGAUGUGGGUGAAAAGGGGACGCUGUUGGAUGUGGUCAACCACGCGGUGAGUGCGGGCGUUGCUGCAGCUGGUGCGGAUGGGACGAGUGGCAAUGCGGGCCUGGAGGAGGUGCUCGCCAUGUUCUUCGUAACCGAGCUGCUGAGGGUGGUGCUAGGUCUGCAUCGCACUGGCAUUAUCCAUGGCGAUUUGAAGAUCGACAACUGUCUGCUUCGACUCGACGACGUUUCGCGUGCUAGUAGCUGGUCGGGCGUGUAUUCGCGCGACGGCUCGGCCGGCUGGUCGUGCAAGGGUCUCACGCUGAUCGAUUUCGGUCGGGCGAUCGAUCUAUGUGCGUUCGGCAAGGCGAGCGAGCAGACAUUCAUCGCUGACUGGCAAACCGACGAGAGGGACUGCUUCCAGAUGCGCAAUCAUCAGCCGUUCACCUUCGAGACUGACUGGUUCGGGAUCGCUGCGAUAGCGCACUGCUUGCUCUUCGGUCGGUAUAUGCACACCAAACACGAUGCUCAGUCGCAAAAACACACAAUCACUGCCACCCUGAAACGCUACUGGCAGUCGCACCUCUGGAACACCCUGUUCGACAUCUGUCUAAACCCAAGCGCACAACACGAGCCGCUCAACACCGACCACGUCCUCGAGAGUCUCGAAUCGUGUCUCGACGCAAUGCACCACUGGCUCGAGGCCAACUCGAACAAGGGCGGCAGGAACCUCAAGGGUUUGCUGCGCAAGCUCGAGAUCUGGGCCAUGAAACAGGGCCGUUAG